AUGCCCUCUCAAACUCUUGUUCCCAAUAGCGCCCCUCGCUACAGCUUCCUCGAUGACUACAGCGAAGGGGCCCAUCCGGCGCUCCUGAAAGCCAUUCUAUCUAGCAACACAUCUCAAGAGGCAGGCUACGGCGGCGACGCAUACUGCGCCCUCGCGCGGCAGCGGAUCCGCCGGCACCUGGGCCGCGAGGACGUCGGCGUCUUCUUCGUGCCCAGCGGCACGUCGGCCAACGCCAUCUCCAUCGCGGCCUGUCUGCGGCCUCACGAGGCCGUCAUCGCCGCGAGCUCCGGGCACAUCGUCACAAGGGAGACGGGCGCCGUGGAGGCCAGCGGGCACAAGAUCAUCAACGUCGCGCCGGUCGACGGGAAGCUGACGCCCCAGAGCAUCCAGCGGGCCAUGGACGACAACUGGCACUUCCCGCACAUGGCCAAGCCGAGGCUGGUGUACGUCUCCAACGCGACCGAGAUCGGCACUCUCUACACGCGGGCGGAGCUCGCGGCCAUCAAGCACGUCUGCGAGCGGAACCAGCUCCUCCUGUUCCUCGACGGGGCGCGCAUCGGGACGGCGCUGGUGUCCAAAGCCAACGACAUGACGCUCGCCGACGUGCUGGAGCUCACCGACAUCUUCUGGAUCGGCGGCACCAAGAACGGCGCCCUCCUCGGCGAGGCCGUGGUGGUCAAGGACGCCCGCCUGGCGACCGAAUACGAGUUCUACAUGAAGCAGCACGGCUCCCUGCUCGCCAAGAGCCGCAUCAUGGGCGUCCAGUUCGCCGAGCUCUUCAAGGACGACCUCUACUUCGACCUCGCCCGGCAGGCCAACCUGUGCGCCGAGACGCUGUCCAGCGGGGUCGCCGCCGCCGGCUUCUCCGUGUACGCCGUCACGGAGACGAACCAGGUGUUUGCGGUGCUGCCCUUGGGCCUGAUACAGGCGCUGCAGGAGCACUUCACAUUCUACGUGUGGGAGAAGCGCGCCGACGACGAGGCGGUCGUGAGGUUGCUGACGACAUGGGCCACGGAGAUAACAGAGGUGGACAAGUUUAUCCGUUUGGUCCAGGGCUGGAAUAAGUAA